AGGACACAUGAUUUUAAUUGGAAGCUACAAACAAUAACAUGAAACGAACCCAUCCAUAGUCAAUGGUGGGAACGGGAACGAUCGCACUCCAACAUUUCUCGAUCACCUUCAACAACUUAUUCCACCAAAUAUCACAUUCAAUUCACUGUUAAACUUGGUGUAGCACAUGUGAUGAAACUAAAUUCAGUUGGGUGUGGUAGCAUAAGGGGCUAUGCAUAACAGAUUAUAAGUUGCAUGCUGAGUAACUUCUAGGAGUUAGAAUUGUCAAGGAUGGCAUGGUGUUUGUUGUGCUGAAGUGACCUGCAGUCCUGCAUAACUAUGAAUGUGACUAUUUUGGAUAUUUCACAAUUGUUCUCUUUGAGCAUUGCGGUGAAGGUGUACAAGAUAUCUAUAUCAUAAGCUAGUAGAUGCUCGGGGCUUAACAAUGAAGCGUUAUGUUUAUAUAAAUGAUGAUGAAUCAGCUCAUGAUUUAUACUGUGAUAAUCGUAUAUCAAACAGAAAGUAUACUGUGCUGAACUUUAUUCCGAAAAAUUUAUGGGAACAGUUCAGCCGGUUCAUGAAUCAGUACUUUUUGCUGAUAGCUUGCCUACAGCUAUGGUCUCUCAUCACUCCAGUAAAUCCUGCCAGUACAUGGGGUCCACUUAUCUUCAUUUUUGCAGUCUCUGCAACAAAAGAGGCAUGGGAUGAUUACCAUAGAUACCUGUCAGACAAGAAGGCAAAUGAGAAAGAAGUCUGGGUUGUCAGAAAUGGCAUCAAGAAACUUAUCCAAGCCCAGGAUAUUCAUGUAGGUAAUAUAGUAUGGCUACGUGAAAAUGAUGAAGUGCCUUGUGACCUUGUUUUGAUUGGCUCCUCUGAUCCACAAGGACUUUGCUAUAUAGAGACUGCUGCAAUGGAUGGUGAAACUGAUCUGAAGACAAGAGUCAUACCUUCUGCCUGCAUGGGAAUUGAUGUUGAACUAUUGCACAAAAUUAAGGGUGUAAUCGAGUGUCCCACUCCAAAUAAAGACAUCAGAAGGUUUGAUGCCAACAUGCGGUUGUUCCCCCCAUUUAUUGAUAAUGAUAUAUGCCCUUUAACCAUUAAAAACACAGUUCUCCAGUCAUGUUACUUACGGAACACUGAGUGGGCAUGUGGAGUAGCUGUGUACACAGGCAACGAAACCAAAUUGGGCAUGAGUAGAGGUAUACCAGAACCAAAGCUCACUGCUAUGGAUGCCAUGAUAGACAAGUUGACUGGUGCUAUAUUUGUAUUCCAAAUUGUUGUUGUAAUGGUUCUUGGCAUAGCGGGUAAUGUGUGGAAGGACACAGAAGCAAAGAAACAAUGGUAUGUUCUCUACCCUGAUAAAGGCCCUUGGUAUGAACUAUUGAUCAUCCCUCUGCGGUUUGAGCUUCUUUGUUCCAUCAUGAUACCCAUUUCAAUUAAGGUAUCUCUAGAUCUCGUGAAGGGCCUGUAUGCAAAGUUUAUUGAUUGGGACCAUCGAAUGGUUGACCUUGAGACUAGUACUCCAUCCAAUGCAACAAAUACAGCGAUAAGUGAGGACUUGGGACAAGUUGAGUACAUUUUGACUGACAAGACAGGCACCUUGACUGAGAAUAAGAUGAUAUUUAGAAGAUGCUGUAUUAGCGGCAUUUUUUAUGGAAAUGAAAAUGGCGAUGCAUUGAAAGAUGUAGAGCUUCUCCAUGCUGUUUCCAGUGGUUCACCUGAUGUUGUACAGUUUCUUACAAUUAUGGCAAUAUGUAAUACCGUCAUACCUACACAAAGCAAAACUGGAGAUAUAUUGUAUAAGGCACAAUCUCAGGAUGAGGAUGCUCUUGUGCAAGCUGCUGCUCACUUGCAUAUGGUGUUCUUCAACAAGAGUGGAAACAUUCUCGAAGUCAAAUUUAACUCCUCAAUACUUCAAUAUGAAGUGCUGGAAACCUUAGAAUUCACCUCAGACAGGAAAAGAAUGUCACUAGUGUUGAGAGAUUGUCAAAAUGGAAAGAUCCUUCUUUUGUCGAAAGGAGCAGAUGAGGCUAUUCUUCCUUAUGCUCGUACUGGGCAGCAAACUCGGAACUUCAUUGAAGCUGUGGAACAAUAUGCUCACUUGGGACUACGCACACUAUGUUUGGCUUGGCGUGAAUUAAGAGAAGAUGAAUAUCGAGAAUGGUCUUUAAUGUUUAAAGAGGCCAAUAGCACUUUGGUUGAUAGAGAGUGGAGAGUAGCUGAGGUCUGCCAAAGAAUAGAACAUAAUUUGGAAGUUCUUGGUGUUACAGCCAUAGAGGAUCGUUUACAGGAUGGAGUUCCUGAAACAAUAGAAACUCUAAGAAAAGCUGGAAUAAAUUUUUGGAUGCUAACAGGAGACAAGCAGAAUACUGCCAUACAAAUUGCCCUGUCGUGCAAUUUUAUUUCCCCAGAGCCGAAGGGCCAGCUUCUGUCAAUUGAUGGAAAAACGGAGGAUGAGGUUCGUAGAAGUUUAGAGCGAGUGCUUCUUACAAUGCGGAUAACUACCUCGGAACCUAAGGAUGUGGCUUUUGUUAUUGAUGGCUGGGCUCUUGAUUUUGCACUUAAUCACUACCGCAAAGCUUUUACUGAGCUGGCAAUAUUGUCAAGGACUGCCAUAUGUUGUCGCGUGACACCAUCCCAAAAGGCUCAGCUUGUACAAAUCUUAAAAUCAUGCGAUUAUAGAACGUUGGCAAUUGGUGAUGGUGGGAAUGAUGUAAGGAUGAUACAACAAGCUGAUAUCGGCGUGGGCAUCAGUGGCAGAGAAGGAUUGCAGGCAGCAAGAGCAGCUGAUUACAGUAUUGGAAAGUUCCGAUUCUUGAAAAGAUUAAUUCUUGUCCAUGGCCGCUACUCUUACAACCGGACAGCAUUUCUUUCUCAGUAUUCAUUCUACAAAUCCCUACUGAUAUGCUUUAUCCAAAUAUUCUUUUCAUUUAUUUCAGGGGUCUCUGGAACCAGCCUCUUCAAUUCUGUCAGCUUGAUGGCUUAUAAUGUUUUCUACACAAGUGUUCCUGUUCUAGUCAGUGUGCUUGACAAAGAUCUUAGCGAGGAAACUGUGAUUCAGCAUCCUCAAAUUUUAUUUUAUUGCCAAGCUGGGAGGCUUCUAAAUCCCAGUACAUUUGCUGGAUGGUUUGGGCGAUCUCUCUUCCAUGCAGUAGUUGUAUUUCUUAUAAGCAUACAUGCUUAUGCUUAUGAUAAGAGUGAAAUGGAGGAGGUUUCAAUGGUUGCACUCUCCGGUUGUAUUUGGUUGCAGGCUUUUGUAGUGGCGAUGGAGACCAAUUCAUUUACAAUAUUGCAACAUCUUGCUAUAUGGGGUAAUUUAGCUGGGUUUUAUGCUAUCAACUGGAUCUUCAGUGCUCUUCCUGCAUCAGGGAUGUAUACAAUUAUGUUUCGGUUGUGUCGACAACCGUCAUAUUGGAUAUCAAUUUUUCUCAUGACUGCAGCCGGGAUGAGUCCAAUCCUCGCUAUCAAGUAUUUCCGAUAUACAUAUAGACCGAGCAAAAUCAACACACUUCAGCAGGCUGAACGCCUCGGGGGACCAAUUGUGUCUCUUGGUACCAUUGAGCCUCAACCCCGACCACUUAUAGAGAAAGAUGUUUCUACCCUGUCAAUAACACAACCCAAGAACAGAAAUCCUGUGUAUGAACCUCUGUUGUCAGAUUCUCCAAAUGCCACCAGAAGAUCUUCAGGAACGCCAUUUGAUUUUUUUCAGUCACAGUCAAGAUCAUCGCUGCCUAACUACUCUAGGAACUGCAAGGAUAACUGAAAGCAUCAUGCAGUUGGAAGAGCUCUAGCUGCCGCAGCUUGGUUUGUAUAUCCCUUUUGAUCUUUACUAACGAAGCCUAGUGUUAGUUCUUAGUUGACUGUAUCACAAGAAAUAAUUAUUGUUCGUGAUAAAUGUAUAUCUAUUCAAUUUUUAUUUCUCACCUGUAAUUUAAUUUACUCAUGAUUAUGUUUUAUUGCAUUUUCAUAUUUGGUGACUUAACUAGUUCUUGAGAAUAUAAUUUUGUUAACAAGAUUCCUAUAUAGUGCCACUAGAUAAUUGUUCAU